AUUAUAUUUCUGAUAAUCUAAUUGAUUAAGGUAAAAUCGUAGGAACGCGUGUUACACCGCUAUUUUACAUAAGACUAGGGAUUUUCAGGUCACCUGACAUGGCUGACUAAUCUGACACUAUUCCACUUGUCAACGAAUUGAUCAUGUAACAUUCAGGGUAGAAUUAUAAAGGCCGCGUCUUAAGGCGGUAUGCCUAGAUGUCUAUGCCUACCUAGGUACCUAACCGAGGUAGGUACCUAAGGUAGGUAGACAACCGCAUGGAUUUACCCCAGGUACGAUACGCUGAUACACCGGAUACACAUACAUAUUGAACCUUCACAUGAAAUAUACCUAGGCCUAGCAAAACAAAACAAAACAAAACAAAACAAAACACCGACUAACCAUGGCAAAUGAAACCAGCAAGUUGGACGUCCGUGUUUUUCAACAGCCGCGUCUUCCAAUCCUUACGCGAGUUUACCGGGGCAUCGUCAUUUACGUACUCCAAACAUUCAGAGCGCCGCACUGGUUCGAAGACUGGGCCUAUCCCCCAGAGAUCCCUCCGAACUAUGUAAAAACAUAUCCGUGUCGACCAUCUUUGCCAAUUAGGGUCUUUUUCCCCAAGUCAUACGACCCAGAGACAUCCAAGGCGCCUCUCCCGACCAUAUUCACUAUCCACGGCGGCGGGUUCUGCCUCGGCCGGGUAAACGAUGACGAUGUAUGGAAUGCGCAUUUCGCCAAUAUGCACAAUGUGCUUGUAGUCGCCCUCAACUAUCGUAAAGCUCCGUUUUAUCCUUUCCCGACCGCAACCUAUGAUCUCGAAGCCCUCAUCCUAGCGACGCUCGACGAUGAUAGCCUUCCGAUUGACAAGACCCGCAUAGCCAUCGGCGGCUUCUCGGCAGGCGGUAACUUGACCCUCAGUGUAUGCCAGCUACCCUCGAUCCGAGAAACUGUUAGGCCCUCGGCCGCUGUACCUAUAUACGCCAAUGUAGACAAUACUAUUCCCUCGGAAGUUAAAGUCAAGACGCGAUACUACAAGCCCGGUCUUGGCCCGGGUAUGCGCUCUGCGCCGGUUGACUUCCUGGCAUCGCUAUCUCCGUUUUUCCUAUGGAGCUAUAUCGAACCAGGCUCUAAUAUAGCAGAUCCGCUGCUAUCGCCAUACUUUGCUCCUCGAAAUACCCUGCCUCCGCAUAUCUUCUUUAUCGGGACGGAACUGGAUCAACUCGCACACGGAACUUGGUGCAUGGCGAAUAAACUGGCGGGACGACCGGAGCCGCCCUUGACGGAUAUCGUAGGCCAGCAGAAGCUGGGACCAGGAAAGGGGGAGCUCAUUCUAGACGAUGAGAGGUUCGCGUUCGAGCAUGUGGAGGACGAAGGGAAGAGUAGCGUACGAUGGUUACUGAUACCCGAUCAGAUCCACGGAUUUGAUCAUCUACCACCUCGGUGGCUUCAAAAAGAGGGUUUAGAAGAUGCGAAGUUAAAAGAGGCAGCGUAUCAGAAAAUUGUUGGAGAAUGGCUACUUGGAUUUGUGUGGAAAUAAACGCUGAGUGUUCCGUUGAGUCAACAACUAGAGUUAUCCGAGUCAAGGAUGUAUGCACGCAGCAAACGGCUUAAAGUUCACGAUCAUUUACUAUUUCCGGACAGGAACCCUUAGGUCUUACCUAAGAUUGGUAGAAUACAUUCAUGUUAAAGAUACAUAAAGAUCACAUUACUGCCCGGUUAUAGCUUAGGCCUGAUUGUGUGGUGAUAGGUGCGGUACAUCCAUGUAACAUUCUCAUUUGCUUACGGCCUUUACUACCUAUUUGCCUGAUAUCCAGCAGCCCUACGUAUAGCACCGAACUUAUACUUUUGAUAAUUCUUCCGUCCGUAUUAGAUUGUUCCAACUAUGUGAGUAAGACGGAGCUACCGUAAGAUCAUAAGAGGUACGAAUGAAAAUAUGUAUAAUACGGCGCUCAGUGCCGGAUACACCCGAGCCUUCACGUCGUCGUUUUAUUACGAG